GAUGCCCCCCGCCUUACCCUGCCGGUGAAGAGGUUUGCUUAUUUUGGGGUGAGGACACCCCAAAACCAAGCCCUCGGCUUGCAGGACAAGGUGACCGAGGGACCCCAGCGUGAGCCGGGAGGGGACCUGAGCAUCAUGGCACACCCCGUGUCAGCCUUCCAGGCUGCCUACAUCUCCAUCGAGGUCCUCAUCGCCUUGGUGUCUGUGCCAGGGAAUAUCCUGGUCAUCUGGGCUGUGAAGAUGAACCAGGCGCUGCGAGACGCCACUUUCUGCUUCAUCGUCUCGCUGGCCGUGGCCGAUGUGGCCGUGGGGGCCCUGGUCAUCCCCCUGGCCAUCAUCAUCAACAUUGGACCCCAAACCGAGUUUUACAGCUGCCUCAUGGUGGCCUGUCCCGUCCUCAUCCUCACCGAGAGCUCCAUCCUGGCACUCCUGGCCAUCGCUGUGGACCGGUAUCUGCGGGUGAAGAUCCCUGUCAGGUACAAGAGCGUGGUGACCCCCCGGCGGGCGGCCGUGGCCAUCGCCUGCUGUUGGAUUGUCUCCCUCCUGGUGGGACUCACCCCUAUGUUCGGCUGGAACAACCUGAACAAGAUGAGGAGGACUCAGGAGCUGAACUCCAGCCACACCACGUUUGUCAUCAAGUGCCAGUUCGAGACGGUCAUCAGCAUGGAGUACAUGGUGUACUUCAACUUCUUCGUCUGGGUCCUGCCUCCCCUGCUGCUCAUGCUGCUCAUCUACCUGGAAGUCUUCAACCUCAUCCGCAAGCAGCUCAACAAGAAGGUCUCCUCCAGCUCCAACGACCCCCAGAAGUACUAUGGGAAAGAGCUGAAGAUCGCCAAGUCCUUAGCCCUGGUCCUCUUCCUCUUUGCCCUCAGCUGGCUCCCUCUGCACGUCCUCAACUGCAUCACCUUGUUCUGCCCCUCCUGCCAGACCCCCCCCAUCCUCACCUACAUCGCCAUCUUCCUCACCCACGGCAACUCAGCCAUGAACCCCAUCGUCUACGCCUUCAGGAUCAAGAAGUUCCGGACAGCCUUCCUGCAGAUCUGGAACCAGUACUUCUGCUGCAAAACCAACAAAAACCUCAGCACCUCCACAGCUGAGCCGGGCGACUAGGGACUGGGAGAGAGCAGAGAGGGGACCCCCCUGUGCCCAGCCUGGUCCUCACCUGGGGACGGGGCAACGGGGACCAGGGAGGGCUGAGUUUCCCCUCCUGUGCAAACCCAACAGCCGUGUCCCCCUGAUGCCCCAGGGGGUUAUUUAUUCACAAGCAUCGUACUGUUUUGAUAUUGUAGCCUGCACUGCUCCUCCCCCCCCCACCCCCUUUUUUUUUUAAUUUGAUUUUCUGUUUGGU